AUGGGAGUGACUAUAGAGGGAGUUGACUGUAUUUUAGCUAUCAAAUGUAUGAAUAUUUAUAAUAUUACUGAUGAACAAGACAAUAAUAGCGAUAGUAAUAAUAAUGUUGAAGAAAUUCAAAAUGAAGAGAAUGUUGGUGGUAAAGAUGGUAAUAGAGGUAGAGGUCAGGAUAGAGGUCAGGGUAGAGCAAGAAAUAGCAGUAGUGAAAAGGAUAAUAGAGAAUAA